AUGGACGUGGACGUGGACGUGGACGUGGACGUGGACGUGGACGUGGACAUGGACGUGGACGUGGACGUGGACGUGGACGUGGACGUGGACGUGGACGUGGACGUGGACGUGGACGUGGACGUGGACGUGGACGUGGACGUGGACGUGGACGUGGACGUGGACGUGGACGUGGACGUGGACGUGGACGUGGACGUGGACGUGGACGUGGACGUGGACAUGGACGUGGACGUGGACAUGGACGUGGACGUGGACGUGGACGUGGACAUGGACAUGGACGUGGACGUGGACGUGGACGUGGACGUGGACGUGGACGUGGACGUGGACGUGGACAUGGACGUGGACGUGGACGUGGACAUGGACGUGGACAUGGACGUGGACGUGGACGUGGACGUGGACAUGGACGUGGACGUGGACAUGGACGUGGACGUGGACGUGGACGUGGACGUGGACGUGGACGUGGACAUGGACGUGGACGUGGACGUGGACGUGGACAUGGACGUGGACGUGGACGUGGACGUGGACGUGGACGUGGACGUGGACAUGGACGUGGACGUGGACGUGGACGUGGACAUGGACGUGGACGUGGACGUGGACGUGGACAUGGACGUGGACGUGGACAUGGACGUGGACGUGGACAUGGACGUGGACGUGGACAUGGACGUGGACGUGGACGUGGACGUGGACGUGGACGUGGACGUGGACGUGGACGUGGACGUGGACGUGGACGUGGACAUGGACGUGGACGUGGACGUGGACGUGGACAUGGACGUGGACGUGGACGUGGACGUGGACGUGGACGUGGACGUGGACGUGGACGUGGACGUGGACGUGGACAUGGACGUGGACGUGGACGUGGACGUGGACGUGGACGUGGACGUGGACAUGGACGUGGACGUGGACGUGGACGUGGACGUGGACGUGGACGUGGACGUGGACGUGGACGUGGACGUGGACGUGGACGUGGACGUGGACGUGGACGUGGACGUGGACGUGGACGUGGACGUGGACGUGGACGUGGACGUGGACGUGGACGUGGACGUGGACGUGGACGUGGACGUGGACGUGGACAUGGACGUGGACGUGGACGUGGACGUGGACAUGGACGUGGACGUGGACGUGGACGUGGACGUGGACGUGGACGUGGACGUGGACAUGGACGUGGACGUGGACGUGGACAUGGACGUGGACGUGGACGUGGACGUGGACGUGGACGUGGACGUGGACGUGGACAUGGACGUGGACAUGGACGUGGACGUGUGGACGUGGACGUGGACGUGGACGUGGACGUGGACGUGGACAUGGACGUGGACGUGGACGUGGACGUGGACGUGGACGUGGACGUGGACGUGGACGUGGACGUGGACGUGGACAUGGACGUGGACAUGGACAUGGACGUUUAUGGACGUGGACGUGGACGUGGACGUGGACAUGGACGUGGACAUGGACGUGGACAUGGACGUGGACGUGGACAUGGACGUGGACAUGGACGUGGACGUGGACGUGGACAUGGACGUGGACGUGGACGUGGACAUGGACGUGGACGUGGACGUGGACGUGGACAUGGACGUGGACGUGGACAUGGACGUGGACGUGGACGUGGACAUGGACGUGGACGUGGACGUGGACAUGGACGUGGACGUGGACGUGGACAUGGACGUGGACGUGGACGUGGACGUGGACGUGGACGUGGACAUGGACGUGGACGUGGACGUGGACAUGGACGUGGACGUGGACGUGGACGUGGACGUGGACGUGGACGUGGACGUGGACGUGGACGUGGACGUGGACGUGGACGUGGACGUGGACGUGGACGUGGACGUGGACGUGGACGUGGACGUGGACGUGGACGUGGACGUGGACAUGGACGUGGACGUGGACGUGGACAUGGACGUGGACGUGGACGUGGACAUGGACGUGGACGUGGACGUGGACAUGGACGUGGACGUGGACGUGGACGUGGACGUGGACGUGGACGUGGACGUGGACGUGGACGUGGACAUGGACGUGGACGUGGACGUGGACGUGGACGUGGACGUGGACGUGGACGUGGACGUGGACGUGGACAUGGACGUGGACGUGGACGUGGACGUGGACGUGGACGUGGACAUGGACGUGGACGUGGACGUGGACGUGGACGUGGACGUGGACGUGGACGUGGACGUGGACGUGGACGUGGACGUGGACGUGGACGUGGACGUGGACAUGGACGUGGACGUGGACGUGGACGUGGACGUGGACGUGGACAUGGACGUGGACGUGGACGUGGACGUGGACGUGGACGUGGACGUGGACGUGGACGUGGACAUGGACGUGGACAUGGACGUGGACGUGGACGUGGACGUGGACGUGGACAUGGACGUGGACGUGGACGUGGACGUGGACGUGGACGUGGACGUGGACGUGGACGUGGACGUGGACGUGGACGUGGACGUGGACGUGGACGUGGACGUGGACGUGGACGUGGACGUGGACGUGGACGUGGACGUGGACGUGGACGUGGACGUGGACGUGGACAUGGACGUGGACGUGGACAUGGACGUGGACGUGGACGUGGACGUGGACGUGGACAUGGACGUGGACGUGGACGUGGACGUGGACGUGGACGUGGACGUGGACGUGGACGUGGACAUGGACGUGGACGUGGACGUGGACAUGGACGUGGACAUGGACGUGGACGUGGACGUGGACGUGGACAUGGACGUGGACGUGGACGUGGACGUGGACGUGGACGUGGACGUGGACGUGGACGUGGACGUGGACGUGGACGUGGACGUGGACGUGGACGUGGACGUGGACGUGGACGUGGACAUGGACGUGGACGUGGACGUGGACGUGGACGUGGACGUGGACGUGGACAUGGACGUGGACGUGGACGUGGACAUGGACGUGGACGUGGACGUGGACGUGGACGUGGACGUGGACGUGGACAUGGACGUGGACGUGGACAUGGACGUGGACGUGGACAUGGACGUGGACGUGGACGUGGACGUGGACGUGGACGUGGACGUGGACGUGGACGUGGACGUGGACGUGGACGUGGACGUGGACAUGGACGUGGACGUGGACGUGGACGUGGACAUGGACGUGGACGUGGACGUGGACGUGGACGUGGACGUGGACGUGGACGUGGACGUGGACGUGGACGUGGACAUGGACGUGGACGUGGACGUGGACGUGGACGUGGACGUGGACGUGGACAUGGACGUGGACGUGGACGUGGACGUGGACGUGGACGUGGACGUGGACGUGGACGUGGACGUGGACGUGGACGUGGACGUGGACGUGGACGUGGACGUGGACGUGGACGUGGACGUGGACGUGGACGUGGACGUGGACGUGGACGUGGACGUGGACGUGGACGUGGACGUGGACGUGGACGUGGACAUGGACGUGGACGUGGACGUGGACAUGGACGUGGACGUGGACGUGGACGUGGACGUGGACGUGGACGUGGACGUGGACGUGGACAUGGACGUGGACGUGGACGUGGACAUGGACGUGGACGUGGACGUGGACGUGGACGUGGACGUGGACGUGGACGUGGACAUGGACGUGGACAUGGACGUGGACACGUGGACGUGGACGUGGACGUGGACGUGGACGUGGACGUGGACGUGUGGACGUGGACAUGGACGUGGACAUGGACGUGGACGUGGACGUGGACGUGGACGUGGACGUGGACAUGGACGUGGACAUGGACGUGGACGUGGACGUGGACAUGGACGUGGACGUGGACGUGGACGUGGACGUGGACGUGGACGUGGACGUGGACAUGGACGUGGACAUGGACGUGGACGUGUGGACGUGGACGUGGACGUGGACGUGGACGUGGACGUGGACGUGGACGUGGACGUGGACGUGGACGUGGACGUGGACGUGGACAUGGACGUGGACGUGGACGUGGACGUGGACGUGGACGUGGACGUGGACAUGGACGUGGACGUGGACAUGGACGUGGACGUGGACGUGGACGUGGACGUGGACGUGGACGUGGACGUGGACGUGGACGUGGACGUGGACGUGGACGUGGACGUGGACGUGGACGUGGACGUGGACGUGGACGUGGACGUGGACGUGGACGUGGACGUGGACGUGGACGUGGACGUGGACGUGGACAUGGACGUGGACGUGGACGUGGACGUGGACGUGGACAUGGACGUGGACGUGGACGUGGACGUGGACGUGGACGUGGACGUGGACGUGGACAUGGACGUGGACGUGGACGUGGACAUGGACGUGGACGUGGACGUGGACGUGGACGUGGACGUGGACGUGGACGUGGACAUGGACGUGGACAUGGACGUGGACGUGUGGACGUGGACUAUGGACGUGGACGUGGACGUGGACGUGGACAUGGACGUGGACAUGGACGUGGACAUGGACGUGGACAUGGACAUGGACGUGGACAUGGACGUGGACGUGGACGUGGAAAUGGACGUGGACGUGGACGUGGAAAUGGACGUGGACGUGGACGUGGACGUGGACGUGGACGUGGACGUGGACGUGGACGUGGACGUGGACGUGGACAUGGACGUGGACGUGGACGUGGACAUGGACGUGGACGUGGACGUGGACAUGGACGUGGACGUGGACGUGGACGUGGACGUGGACAUGGACGUGGACGUGGACGUGGACAUGGACGUGGACGUGGACGUGGACGUGGACGUGGACGUGGACGUGGACGUGGACGUGGACGUGGACGUGGACGUGGACGUGGACGUGGACGUGGACGUGGACGUGGACGUGGACGUGGACGUGGACGUGGACGUGGACGUGGACGUGGACAUGGACGUGGACGUGGACGUGGACAUGGACGUGGACGUGGACGUGGACGUGGACGUGGACGUGGACGUGGACAUGGACGUGGACGUGGACGUGGACGUGGACGUGGACGUGGACGUGGACGUGGACGUGGACGUGGACAUGGACGUGGACGUGGACGUGGACGUGGACGUGGACGUGGACGUGGACGUGGACGUGGACGUGGACAUGGACGUGGACGUGGACGUGGACGUGGACGUGGACAUGGACGUGGACGUGGACGUGGACGUGGACGUGGACGUGGACGUGGACGUGGACGUGGACGUGGACGUGGACGUGGACGUGGACGUGGACGUGGACGUGGACGUGGACAUGGACGUGGACGUGGACGUGGACGUGGACAUGGACAUGGACGUGGACGUGGACGUGGACGUGGACGUGGACGUGGACGUGGACAUGGACGUGGACGUGGACGUGGACGUGGACGUGGACGUGGACAUGGACGUGGACGUGGACGUGGACAUGGACGUGGACGUGGACAUGGACGUGGACGUGGACGUGGACGUGGACGUGGACGUGGACGUGGACGUGGACGUGGACAUGGACGUGGACAUGGACGUGGACGUGGACGUGGACGUGGACGUGGACGUGGACGUGGACGUGGACAUGGACGUGGACGUGGACAUGGACAUGGACGUGGACGUGGACGUGGACGUGGACGUGGACGUGGACGUGGACGUGGACGUGGACGUGGACGUGGACGUGGACGUGGACGUGGACGUGGACGUGGACGUGGACGUGGACGUGGACAUGGACGUGGACGUGGACAUGGACGUGGACGUGGACGUGGACGUGGACGUGGACGUGGACAUGGACGUGGACGUGGACAUGGACGUGGACGUGGACGUGGACGUGGACGUGGACGUGGACGUGGACGUGGACAUGGACGUGGACGUGGACGUGGACGUGGACGUGGACGUGGACAUGGACGUGGACGUGGACGUGGACGUGGAAAUGGACGUGGACGUGGACGUGGACGUGGACGUGGACGUGGACGUGGACAUGGACGUGGACGUGGACGUGGACAUGGACGUGGACGUGGACGUGGACGUGGACGUGGACGUGGACGUGGACAUGGACGUGGACGUGGACGUGGACAUGGACGUGGACAUGGACGUGGACGUGGACGUGGACGUGGAAAUGGACGUGGACGUGGACGUGGACAUGGACGUGGACGUGGACGUGGACGUGGACGUGGACGUGGACGUGGACGUGGACGUGGACAUGGACGUGGACGUGGACGUGGACGUGGACGUGGACAUGGACGUGGACGUGGACGUGGACAUGGACGUGGACAUGGACGUGGACGUGGACGUGGACAUGGACGUGGACGUGGACGUGGACGUGGACGUGGACGUGGACGUGGACGUGGACGUGGACGUGGACUGGACAAAUGGACGUGGACGUGGACGUGGACUGGUGGACGUGGACGUGGAAGUGGACGUGGACGUGGACAUGGACGUGGACGUGGACAUGGACGUGGACGUGGACGUGGACGUGGACGUGGACGUGGACAUGGACGUGGACGUGGACGUGGACAUGGACGUGGACGUGGACAUGGACGUGGACGUGGACGUGGACAUGGACGUGGACGUGGACGUGGACAUGGACGUGGACGUGGACUGGACGUGGACGUGGACGUGGACGUGGACGUGGACGUGGACGUGGACAUGGACGUGA